AUGGAUCUUUCAUCAUGGCGUCAAUUUAAUUUUUUUAAGAUAACAGAGAUUACAAAUUUAUAUCAUAAAAAAGAUGGUCAAGAUGUAUUGAAAAUUAUUUCAUCCUCUAUUGUUACUUCAGGUAGAAAAUAUAUCUAUGCAGCAGAUAAUUUUGGAUAUAUUCGGAUUAUUUCAUCAGAAUUUGAUAUUGUAUACGAGUUUUCUGCCUAUAAAAAUGGACAUGUUAUUUUGCUACAUUGUAUUUCUGAGGCGCCUCUUUUAGUUACAAUAGGAGACGAAGAAAAUAACUCUAAUCCGAUAUUAAAGAUAUGGUCUCUUGAGUCUUUUGAAAGUAGUUUGAAAGCACCGAAAUGCAAAACUACAAUCAAUAUUAACAGUAAUGCAAAUCCAUAUCCUAUUUCAUGUUUUGCUGUAUCUGAAAAUGUCGGUCAUAUUGCUAUAGGCUUUGCAAAUGGUACUGUGUUACUUAUUAAGGGUGAUUUAGUAAGAGACCGAGGAUCCAUACAAAGAGUUAUUUAUAAGUCAGAGGAACCUGUUACCGGUCUUUAUUUUAAAGAAAGUAAGAAAGAGAUAUCACUUUUUAUUAUUACAACGGGAAAAGUAUUAAAAUUGUUAAUUAAUGCAAAAAUCCAAUUAAAAUCACCUGAAAUUAUUGAUGCUGUAGGUGCAUCUUUAGGAUGUUCUACAAUAAAUCGUAAAAAUAAUGACUUGAUUAUUGUUCGAGAUGAUUCUAUCUAUAUUUAUAAAUCUAAUAACAAAAAUAUCUGUUAUUCUUACAAAUCUUCGAAAUUCGGAGUACUGGUUAAUCAUGAUUAUGUUUUUGUAUUUUUACUACCAUGUGCUGCCUCUAUAAUUGCACCUAGUACGACAAAUAUUAGUCCUCGAAACAUAUUUGAUAUGUCUCAGCUUAUAAUUAUUAAUACUGAAAAUAAAUUUAUUGCACAUGUUUCAAAUUUUCAAUUUUUUUUAAAAACAAUAUUUAUGGAAUGGGGAGAUGUAUAUAUUUUUUCUCAGGAUGAGCAAGUAUUUAGAGUACAAGAAAAGUCUAUAACAGAAAAACUUGAAAUACUUUUUCAAAAGCAUUCAUAUCCAUUAGCUAUUGAUUUGGCUUUAACCGGUGGCUAUACCAGAGUAAAAGUUAAUGAUAUUAUAAUUAAAUAUGGUGAUUAUCUUUAUGAUAAUGGUGAUUUUGAUGGCUCUAUGAAACAAUAUAUCCUUUCUAUUGACCAAAUAAAGCCUUCAAAUAUAAUUAAAAAAUUUCUUAAUUCUAAACAUAUAAAUAAUUUGAUUAGUUUUUUAGAAGCUUUAUACACAAAAAGAUUAUCAAACUCUGAUCAUAUAAUCCUUCUUUUAAAUUGCUAUGCAAAGCUUCAUGAUUCGGAAAAAAUUAAUGAUUUUAUCAUGAAGGAAAAUGUAGAAUUCGAUAUUACGUCUGCUAUAACUAUUUUUCGUCAAGGAGGCUAUUUUGACCAGGCUGCAUAUUUGGCAAAUAAAUAUCAAGAUUAUGAUACAUAUUUAUCUAUACAAAUUGAAGAUAAGAAUGAUUGUAAAAAAUCUCUUGAAUAUAUACUUGAUCUUGAACCUGAAUAUGUGUUCUUUUGUUUAAAAAAAUACGGUAAAAAGCUUUUAACUGAAGUUCCUCUAGAAGUAGUAUCAUUGUGUAUUGAUCUUUUUUCGGGAACAUAUAUUCCCAUUUCAAAGAAAUCUAGUUUAAAGAAAUCGACUAGUCAAACAACUCAAUUUGCAAUAGCAAAUUACGUUCCUUUUCUACCAUAUGUAAAUACAAAUACAGCUAGCUCAACUUCCGAACAAUCAAUAGUUAGUUCUAAUCAGACAUAUUCUUGCAAUAUUAAAACGCUGCCAACGUAUGCUAUUCCUAGUGUUAGUUCGAUAUUUCCUAUUUUCAUAAAUAAUAAUAAGCAACUUAUAUAUAUAUUGGAAAUUUUAAUGGAAAAAUUUUCUGCUAUUGAUGACAAAAAUUCAGAGAGAGAUUUAGUAUGCAUUACCUUAUAUGAGAUUUAUUUAAGAGAAAUAAAAAAUUCUCACUCUUCCAUUGAGCGUCAAGAUUAUGAAAAAAAGGCAAAAUCUAUUUUGGAUAAUGAAAUAUGUCUUAUUGAUUCAUUUAAUGGACUUCUUUUAUCAUAUUUAACAGGUUUUUCUGAGGGAUUUCAAAUAUUAAAAGAAAAAUCAGACACAAAAAUUGAUGCUUUUCGUUAUUAUUGUUCUAUUGAAGAUACAUCUAAAGUAAUAGAUUUUUUAGCAAAACAUGGAGACUCUGAGUCAGAAUUAUAUCUUCUAGCUUUAGGUUAUUUUAUAUCAUCUCCUAGAAUUUUAGAUGAUGUUGGUGAUUAUUUUCACAUUGUUCUUAAAAAAAUAAAAGAAGAACGAUUAAUGACUCCUUUAGAAAUUAUUAAAAUAUUAAGUUUGAAUUCUAUUGCGACUAUUGGUGUAGUAAGAGAAUAUUUGAUAGAAAUUAUUGAACAAGAAAGAAAAGAAAUAGAUAAUAACUCCAAACUUAUCAAUACAUAUCAUAAUGAUACAGAAAAUAAAAAAAAUAAACUUAAUGAUUUAAUGGAAAGUGCACAAAUUUUACAAGGGAUGAAAUGUUCUAUAUGUGAACUUACUCUUGAUCUUCCAGUUGUCCAUUUUCUAUGUAAACACUCGUAUCAUCAGAGGUGCAUUAAUGAUUUAGAAGAAAUGGAGUAUUGUCCUCAAUGUUCUAGUAAUAAUAAUAUGAUUAAAGCAAUUAAAAAAUCCCAAAGUGAAAUAGCUAAUAAGCAUAAUUUUUUUCAAUCUCAACUUGAAAAUGCAACAGAUAAACUAAAGUUUAUUUUUGAUUUUCUUUCAAGAGGCGCCUUAUCUAUGGAAGUAAGAUAA